CUGAGCCUGGGGAGGCGACCCUGGGCGGGGCGGCAGAGCCUGCGGAGGAGCGUUCUGCUUUUCCUGGUGCUCCGCUUCCUCCUCGGAGCUCUCCAGCCGUGCCUGUCGACUUCCACAAUGGAUGAGACUUCAGAUGAACCUCCCACUUCUGCUGUUGUUUUAGACAGCGGCCACUUCUCCCAGGUCAUCUUUAACAACGUGGAGAAAUUUUAUGUUCCUGGAGGAGACGUAACCUGUCACUAUACUCUCACACACAACAUUGUUCCUCGUGGGAAGGACUGGGUGGGCAUCUUCCGGGUGGGAUGGAAAACCACCCGAGAAUAUUACACAUUCAUGUGGGCUCCUCGGCCCAGUGAUGUCCGUGGUGAUACUGCUGUGCAGCAACAGAUCCAGUUCAAAGCUUAUUACCUGCCCAAAGAUGAUGAAUACUACCAGUUCUGCUACAUUGACCAGGAUGGUACAAUCCGUGGAGCCAGUGUGCCUUUCCAGUUCAGAGCAGAGACUGAGGAUGAUAUUCUGGUGGUUACCACACAGGGAGAAGUGGAAGAGAUUGAACAACAAAACAAGAAUUUGCUUAAAGAAAAUGAGGAGCUGCAAGCCAACUGUGCAAGUCUCCAAAAACAAAAUACAGAUCUGCAGGAAGACCUCAAGAAGACACAGGAGCUACAAAAUGUUUUGGAGUCCCUUAGGAGCAGCACUGAAAAAUUGGAGCUGGAGCUGAAUUCCCUGAAACAGGAAAAUAAACACCUGAAGGAGCUGAAUGAGUGCAGAGAGGCAGAACUGCACCAAUUCAAGGAGCAAAUUCAGAAUGUAACCUCUGAAAAGGAACAUCUGGAAACCAAACUGAAAACAGCCCUGGAUCAUGUUGAUCAACUGCAGUCUCAACUUCUGAGUUAUGAGAAGGAAAUUGAAGAGCUGGUUCGUUUGGACCAUGACAAGACCAAGCAGUGUGAAAGUUUAAAGGAAGAGAAUAACCAAUUAUGCUUGACUAUCACUCAAAAGGAGGAGCAAAAGAAAGAACUUAAACAGUGCCUGGAGCACUUGAAGGGAUCAGAGGCCAAGCUGACACUUCGUCUGCAGAAUGAACAGCAACAAAACAGUGACUUAAUGAAAGAGCUGGAAGAGCAGAAGCGUUUGUUUCAGGCUUUGCAAGCAAAAAAGAAGGAAUCUGAUGGGGAAAAUCAGCUACUAAGGAAAGAGAAUGAUUCCCUCCUGAGGCAUCUCUCUCAGCCUAGAGACGUUUCUUCCUCUUUUGUUGCUUCACAAGCCCAAGCUUUUGUUCCAGCUCCUGAAGACUUUGUAUUUGGAAAUCCAUAUCAUGCUGCAGGAGCAAAUUGGGCAAGAGGCACAGGAAUAGAUUCUAUCAGGAAAUGCCCCAUAUGCAAUUGCAUUUUUCCUGAUAAUAUUGAAACAAGAGACUACGAGGCCCACGUGCAGGGCCAUCUUCUGGAGUGUCCAGUCUGCAAUGGAGCUUUUGACAAGUCCAACCAGCAGGUGUUUGAAGACCAUAUGUUGUGCCAUAGCCUGGAACGAUUGUGAAUCCUUAUCUGUUCUGUACAAUAGGUGGUGGAGGCUGCAGCUUAGAAUAGACCAAAAUUAUUCUAGAGACUUGAUCUAUGCUGGUAAGAAAUGGAAUUGUCAUCCCCUUAAGUCCUCUGCCUUGGAUCAAACAACUGUGCUUGCUAAAUGAGUUAGAAAUCCUGUAAUUAAUAACUAUCCAGGUAGGGUCAAACAAUAGAUCUAGUACAGCAGUACCAGCUGAUACAGGUCCAUUAUAAUGGUUUCAUUAUUCAGUAGAGCACUGUGAUUGUUAACCAAAGAGCAGAAGCAUUGCAUAGUCUUUUAGGACCACACCUUCAGUCUGGUUCAGCUUCUGGAACAUAGAGUUAAAUACUAAUAAAUACAGAAGUGUAAAUAAGAAUAUAUUUUCCUUUCUUCUUUUGCCUUUAGUCAUAAAAAAGUGAGAUAUAUAUUUAUAAAGAAAAUACUUGUUUGUAGAUCUAAAGGUCUAGGGUUCUUCUUACAUCAGAGUAGGCAGUAUAGCUUAGUGUACAAUGAGGUGCAUGCACUGUUGUCCCUUUUUUCCUGUAUGACCAGACUGAAAGUAAAUGGUGAUACAAUCUGUGCUUGUGUGGUCACUCUGACACUGUCCUGUCAUGCAUCCAUCUCAUGGCGAGGGAACCCUGAUGUUUAUGAAACAGGGAAAGUCAGAAUGGCCUGGAGCCUGUAGGAAAGCAGUAGCUGAGUUGUCAUGAGAGUGCUGAGGAUAAAUGGGCUCUCAGUCUUGAAACUGGGCAUCCUCAUUUAAAGGAAGUGAUGAAAGCCCUCCUGACUUAAAAUGAAGAGCCUGUUCUCAAACCAAAACAUUGUGAUUGAAAACUGCUAAGUGCCUUGGGACAUUACAACGCUUUGUGGAUGGAUUAUCCAGUCACUAUUUUUAUUUCUGCUUUGGGAUUUUCAGAUUAUGAUUAACAGUCCUUUUGUCCAUGCACAUACAAAUGGGUGAAGUUUUAUUAUCCAGCUGUGUUAGACGUUUCCUGCUGAAUAUCUGAAGCAAAAGAAAAUCAUAAGAAGUUUACAUAGAGUCUUAAGACCAUUAAGAGUAACAAAGACUUUAAAAUGUUUUGAUUCUACAUGUAAUUUUUUUAAUCUAGGUUUAAAUGGAGUAUUUCUGCCUUUAAGAUGUACACUGGUAAGCAUGAUUUUGAAAAAUCUGUAAGAGAAAAUAAGAGCAGAGAAAAAAUAAAAGCUGUACUGAGAAAGACCUUGAAAAAAGAUGACAAGUGAUUUAAAUAAAUUGGAGGAAUUGUUGGUGUCUUAAUGGAGCUAUUUGCAAGCCUUGGAUUACUUUCUGAAGCUUUUCUCUAACAAAGUACUUAAGCACAUCUCUGAAUAACUUUUAGCAUGCAACAUAAUAUCUCAGUGGUUAGUGGGGCUGCUGCUGUCUAAUAGCAUCUACUGAACUGGCAGAUCUGCAUUGGCUUCUGUCAGCAUGGAAAUGUAUCAAGAAAGCCGAAGGAUAGGAUGUUAUUCAUUACUAUAAUGUGUAUCAACAUUCCUGAUGUAUCUUUAUGCCAAUUUUGGCAAAUAUUCUGUCGUUGUGAGGCUAAUUUUUAACUGGGCACCUGUUUUCUCAGGAAAUACCCCACUGGUUUCCAAGAAAAUGCUCCCACCCCAAAGCUUUUCUACGCAUCCUCAUUUAAAAUUACAUUUUCUUUUCCAAUUCUUUUCCUGCUUUACAUCUUGACCGAAGCAGAUCAAAUGCAGAGCAGAAGCAGUCUUUAUUAAAACUCCAGCAGGUCGCCCAAAUACCACUUACCAGCCCUGCUCAUUUUCUACACUGUUGGUAAUGCUGGCUUUAGCAGCUCAGAUCCUAAAGCCCAGCCCUGUCAUUAGAGGUUAGUUGUGUUACAGCGCUGUGUCCCUGAGCUACCACUGCCAAGUGUUGAUGUUGCUUCCACCCCUUGUAAUACUCUGGUGCCGACCAUUUUCUGCUUGCCACCUCCUACCAUCUCGACGAGACCUCAGAGCCCGUUUUGAGGUGCCAGCCAUAGGACACAGACAGCAAGCAGGUGGCCGGCAGAGGGGGUCAGACUGCAAUAAAUCUCACGAGGAUGCUGCAUUUCAAAGCGUUUUUAAGGUAUGCCAUUUGUUUUCUGUAAUAACGAUCCAGAUUCAGACUUCCAAGACAUAAUAUACUUCUGCCUGACACAUCCUGAGCAGCCAGGGACCAAUUUACCUCCAAGUACAAACUACACUGUGUUUUCUAAGCAAAUUUUCAUUUUACAUGUAAUUUACAGCUUUAUUUAUGUUACUGAUGUAUUUAACAUUUGGAAUUGCAGUAUGUUUCAACCCUAUCUCAAUUGUAUGGUUUAAAACAGAAAUAGCUCAAAUGGUUGAUAAUUAGAUCUAAUUAUACUUUGGAUGAGAUCCCAUUUACGUUGAUAUGUAUUGCAUGAGGACCUUGAAAUAAAUUUUCAAAAGUGACAGUA